AUGUCAACUACAACUGCUGCAUCAUCAACAUAUGUGGACGAGGAUACUACAUGGAAGUCGUUGAACCUUGAUCCAAGGUUGCUACAAGCUAUUGAUAAGCUAGGGUUUGAGAAUCCUACUCUUAUACAAAGUAGUGCCAUACCCUUAGCUUUAGAAGAAAAACGAGACAUUAUUGCAAAGGCAUCAACAGGUUCUGGUAAAACUGCUGCUUAUGCUUUACCUAUCAUUCAAAACUUGCUUUUAGACAAUCUUGGUCCCGGUAUAAAGUCGGUUGUACUUGUGCCUACGAGAGAAUUAUCAAACCAAGUAUUUCAAUUUAUGGAGCAAUUGAUAAAACACAGUAAUAAGAAGAUUGGUAUUUUGAAUUUAUCAUCUAGUUAUAGUGACCAAGUCUUGAACUCGUUACUAGCGAACAAGCCUGAGAUUAUUAUUUCCACACCAAAUAAAUUGAUUCAGGUUUUGGAAAUGAAUGAUGAAAAAAAGUCCCCGAUUGAUUUAUCCUCAGUGAGAAACUUGACUAUCGAUGAGGUAGAUUUGAUUCUAAGCUUUGGUUACUUGGAAGACUUGGCUAAAUUAGAGUCAUACUUGCCAGUGAAAAAGAACUUGCAAACAUUUUUGAUGUCAGCAACGAUAAAUGAUGAUAUAAACGAGCUCAAGACAAAAUUCUGUACCAGACCUGCGAUUUUGAAAUUGGAUGACGAGCAAAGCAACAAUGACAAGUUAGUCCAAUUUUAUGCAAAAACUACCGAAUUUGACAAAUUUUUAUUGAGUUAUGUUAUCUUCAAGUUGAAUUUAAUCAAGGGUAAAACAAUUGUCUUUGUAAACAAUAUUGACAGAGGUUACAGAUUGAAGUUGUUUUUAGAGCAAUUUGGUAUUAGAUGUUGCAUUUUGAAUAGUGAGUUACCCAUCAAUUCCAGACUACAUAUCGUAGAAGAGUUUAACAAGAAUGUUUACCAUUUGUUAAUCGCAACAGAUGAGAUUUCAGUUGAGAAAGAUGAAGGAGAGAAUGACAAUGAAGAUGGAAAAAGUUCACAAAAAGUAGUGGACAAUCCAAAAGCCAAAAAAUCGAAAAAGGAUAAGGAGUACGGGGUUUCUCGUGGUGUUGACUUUAAAAAUGUUGCUUGUGUGUUGAAUUUUGACCUUCCUACCACCUCAAAAGCAUAUGUGCAUAGAAUAGGAAGAACAGCAAGAGCCGGAAAAUCGGGAAUGGCACUUUCAUUUGUUGUAGCAUCGAAGGAGGUGGGCAAGCACAAGACUGCAACAUUAUCAACUGCCAAAAGAGAUGAGAAAAUUUUGAGUAGAAUUGUUAAGCAGCAAGAAAAGAAUGGGUUUGAAAUUAAGCCAUAUCAGUUUGAUAUGAAACAAGUGGAAGGUUUUAGAUAUCGUGCUGAUGACGCAUUCAGAGCAGUUACGCAAACAGCAAUCAGAGAAGCAAGAGUUAAGGAGUUGAAAAAUGAGUUGAUCAAUUCAGAAAAAUUAAAGAGAUUUUUCCAAGAAAACCCUCAAAAUUUAGCUAGUUUGAGACAUGACAAAGAGUUACACCCUGCAAGAGUCCAAGCACAUUUGAAAAAUCUUCCAGAAUACCUCUUGCCUGAAAGUGCAAGGAGCGAUGUAAAAAACAUAGGUUUUGUUCCUUUCCACAACAAAAACAAGGUGAAUAAAUAUAGAAAGAAGGGAAAACCAAAGAGAAAACAAGAUCCACUAAAAUCAUUCAAGAAGUGA